CACGACCACAACACCAAUAUUUUCGAACACAGGGGGAAACGCAUACCGGGAACGCUACACAUUCGGAGCACCGAGCAUCUUAAAAAUUACAAGAAUGGCUGGAUUCAAGCGUUACGUUGAGGUUGGUCGUGUUGUCCUCGUUAAGAACACGAGCAAGAUCGCUGUUAUUGUCGACAUUGUUGACCACAAGAGAGCCGUUGUUGACUCCCCUAUUGACGAGGUUGCCCGUCAAGUCAUCAACUACAACGACUUGAUCUUGACUCCCAUUGUCAUGGACCUUCCCCGUGGUGCUCGCAGUGGCAUCGUUGCCAAGAAGUGGAAGGCUCAAGAGGUUGAGAAGAAGUGGCAAGCUACUGCUUGGGCCAAGAAGUUCGAGACCCAAAAGGUUCGCAGCCAACUCAACGACUUCGAGCGCUUUGCCGUCAUGCGCCUCAAGAAGCAACGCCGUAACGAGGUCCGUGUCGCCCUUGCUAAGGCUUAAAUGGAAUGUGUGGUAUCCGCGUGAAUGUUGUGUACAUUGGGGGAGAAUUGUAUGGAGCGG